AUGUCUACACCAUUAGACCAACAACAACAACCACCACCACCACCACCACCCGAUAUGGAAGUGACCGCCUACACGACCCACACGGGUCAUGGGUCGGUUGGACCAGUCAUAGCAGUUCUUGCAGUGAUCACAAUAUUAGGAGUUAUAGCAGCAAUGAUUGGUAGGCUUUGUUCAGGUCGUCGGAUCUUGGGGCAUGGGCAAUAUGAUUUCGAGGGUUGGGUAGAGAGAAAAUGCUCCUCUUGUCUCGAUGGCCAUGUCGGGCCUCCUCCGACCCGACCCACAGAUAUUCCGGUGGCAGCUCCGGUGUUGGAGGUGGAGGCUCCGCAAGAGACCAAAGAAGAAGAGCAGGAGCAAGAACAAACUCAACAUAAACCACAUUCAAGCACUAGUGAAUCUUGA